GAGGGACGCAGCCCAAUGGCAAUGGCUGCGGGUACCUGCAGUGAGCAGGGCUGUGUGCCAGGGUUGGAGGCCUGGUGGGAAAUGACCUCAGGCGGAAGCAGAGAGUCGGGGCGGAGUGUGGCUGAGCUGCAGCUGGAAGCAGUAAGGCACAGGGCAGGGUGCGGGGCCCUGCCCUACAGGGGACCUUUGGCUGCCCCGUGCAUGAACUGUGCCACUGAGGACGGCAUCUCCCAGGACCGGAUCCACCACGAGGUGCAGGAUUACUAUGGCAGAGAGCUGCAGAAGUCAGAGGACCUGAAAACCAAUGCUUGCAUCACACCAAACAAGCCUGUUCCCAAGGCGGUGAGAGAUGCUCUGCAGCGUGUCCAUGAGGAGGUGGUGUCCAGGUACUAUGGCUGUGGUCUGAUCAUCCCUGAGUGCCUGACAUCCUGCCGGGUCCUGGACCUGGGCAGCGGCAGCGGCAGGGACUGCUACGUGCUGAGCCAGCUGGUGGGGGAGCAGGGCCACGUCACUGGCAUCGACAUGACCGAGGCACAGGUCAAUGUAGCAAAGAAGCACAUUGCUUAUCACAUGGAGAAGUUUGGCUACCAAAAGUCAAACGUGGAAUUCCUCCAGGGCUACAUGGAGAACCUUGGUGAUGUUGGGCUGUCUGAUGAGAGCUACGAUAUUGUUGUCUCCAACUGUGUGAUCAACCUCGCCCCCGACAAGAGGGCUGUGCUUCGGGAGGCCUACCGUGUGCUGAAGCCUGGAGGAGAGAUGUACUUCAGCGAUGUCUAUGCCAACCAGCGCCUGAGUGAGGCUGUGCGGAAGCACAGCGUGCUGUGGGGAGAGUGUCUGGCAGGAGCCCUGUUCUGGAGAGAUCUGUACAGCAUUGCCAAGGAGGUGGGUUUCAGCCCUCCAUGCCUGGUCACUGCCAGUCCCAUCACUAUCAGCAACGAGGAGCUGGAGAGAAUCACUGGUGACUGCUGCUUCGUCUCUGCCACAUUCCGGCUCUUCAAGGUGCCAGAGAGCAGCCGAACUGGGCCAGGCCAGGUCAUCUACAAUGGUGGGAUUGUGGGGCACGAGCAAGAGCUGGUAUUUGAUGCCAACUUCACCUUCAAGGAAGGAGAAGUGGUGGAUGUGGAUGCUGAAAUGGCUGCGAUAUUGCGGAGCUCCAGGUUUGCGGAGAUGUUCCUGAUCCGGGCUGGUGGGUCUGAUGGUGCUGCACCACGAGGCUGCUGUCAUGGGAAGGUGAAGGAGAAGAUCUGUGACCCGUUCCUGCUGCAGCAGCGGGCAGCCCCAGCUCCUUCCUGCGGCGCUGCCGGGACCUGCGGGCCGCGGGGCUGCUGCUGAGCGGAGCGGCGUCCGCACAGCUCUGGGAGCCGGGGGGAAAUACAACGAACUGCUUGAGCUGCUGA